CGGACGUCUAUUUAUUAUUCAUCUCAGUUCCGCGUCUCUACAGUCAUUCAUUUUCAUAAAUUAAUCGUUUUUUUAACGACUAGUUGAAAGAAAAAAAAAAAGCAGUAUUUGUAAACCUAAUUGAUCGAGCCAAGUGAAUUAGAAAAUUAAAAAAUUCGCGAAUAAUCUCGCUAUUAGCUGAGAAAUAGUAAAAUUAAUUUGUUUAAUAAAAUAAAAAAUUGAAUAAUGGCCGAUCAGGAGAAUAAGGACUUCAGCGAGGACAUCGCCGACCAGUCAUUUGAGCAGAACGGCGAGGCGGAAAAUGGCAGCGGUGGUGGCGGCGGUGACGCCACGGAAAAUGGCCAGGAUUCUCAGGAAGACAGAUCUGCUGGGGGUAACAACCAGGAAUCAUUGAAUGACAGAAAAUUAUUCGUUGGAGGACUCAGUUGGGAAACCACUGACAAGGAACUGAGAGAUCAUUUUGGCUCGUACGGAGACAUUGAGAGUAUCAAUGUCAAAACAGACCCAAACACUGGAAGAUCAAGGGGCUUUGCCUUCAUCGUCUUCGCCAAGGCUGAAUCACUCGAUAAGAUUAUGCACGCUGGUGAACACGUCAUUAACAGUAAAAAAGUUGACCCAAAGAAAGCGAAAGCCCGACACGGAAAAAUUUUUGUCGGUGGACUAUCUACAGAACUGUCUGACGAUGACAUUAAGAACUUUUUCUCUCAAUUUGGCACCAUCGUUGAUGUUGAAAUGCCAUUUGAUAAGACAAAGAACCAGAGAAAGGGUUUCUGCUUUAUCACGUUUGAAUCAGAACAGGUAGUCAACGAACUUCUCAAGACACCAAAACAAACGAUCAAUGGCAAGGAGGUUGAUGUAAAGAAGGCGACACCAAAGCCAGACGGCAUGGGUGGAAUGAGAGGUGGGGCUGGUGCUCGAGGUGGACGCGGUGGGCGUGGUCGCGGCCGUGGCUUCGGAGCACAGGGGGGCUGGGGUCAGAGCAACUACAGCGGUGGUUAUGGAUAUGGCCAAGGUAGCUACGGUGGUGGUUACGAUGGCUACAACUAUGACUACUACAGCGGUGGCUACGCUCCCUACGAUUACAAUGGUUACGACGGCUAUGGCUAUGGCGGGGGUAGUUACGAAGGUGGCUACAGUGGCGGGCGUGGUGGUGCACGGGGUAAAGGCUCCCUGCCCCACAACAAAUCUCACAACUCGUCGAAUCAUCAUUCCAUUAAGCCCCGUCAUUUUCAACCACAAGACAUGCAACAACGCAGACAACUGUCGCAAAAUAAUUACACCCACCAAGAUCACCAACAGAAGCAGCAGUAAUUUGUAAAGCAAAGCAUUGAUCGAUCUUUAUUUUCGUUCUUUCAUCGUUGAUAAAAGCCUCAAAAGAAAUAUUGAAAAUUUGCUUGCUCCGUUAUUAUUUCAGGUGGCUUAUUUUGUUUACACCCAUAAGUUAAAGAUAUUAUAAAUAAGGGAUGCAUUGACGUUCCUGAUAUGUAUUAUUGUGUACAUACCGGUGACGUUCAUGUAUUUUCAAAAUUGUAUUCUCUCCCUUAUCACCUUUAUCUUUUGUCUUUUGUACAAAUUCAUUAUAAAUCAUGCCCGUUUUCAUUAUUUUCUGCACUUUAUAAUUUAUCGAAUUUAUCGAACGAAUAAAGCCAAAAACUUUCCAUGAGUCAUUUAUUCCAUCGUCCAUUUUGUACAAAAGAUGAAUAGAUGAAGAAUAAACAAGGCCAUCAAUUGUAUGAAUUCGUCUAAUCAUUAAGGGGGACACCAUAGUGAAGAGUAAUAAUUACGAUGUGAACGUAUAAUGAUCGAAAAACCGACAUAUGUCCUCACACCUCUUUUAGCAAUAAGAUUAUUUUAAUUUUGUCUAUAAUUCAUAUUUACUACAACUAGUGUUUAAGUAAGCAGGCAAUGUACUUUUUACAGAAACAGUGGGAAACGAUAUAAGAACAAAUUAGUAACAGUUUCUACAAGUAGAAACUGUUUUAUCUUUACGAUUAAGUACAAUGUGUCGUAAAAAGAAUAAUUGCUUCCUUAUUGCUAAGAUUAAUAGGAUUAAAUAAAUUCAUUUUGUGUACAUAA